AUGCUGCGCGGUAUCAUCCUGCUCACCCUGCUCAUCUCCUCUGUUUGUGCUGUUCAAUGGGAGAUGCACAAAGAACAGCAUUCUGGAAUUGAACUCGAGGGCUCUGGUGAAAUCCCAACAGAGCAACUGCCUGGAAUGUGCUGGGCUUGCAAGUGGGCCUUAGGAAAGGUGAAACGGAAGAUCUCCAAUGGUGCAACUCAGGAUGAAAUUAAAGUUCAGCUGUCGCAGGUCUGUGAUCAGAUCGGGUUCCUUAAGUCUCUGUGCAGGGGAUUUGUGAACAAGUACAUGGACGUUCUGAUCGAAGAACUUUCCACUACAGAUAAUGCCAGAACCAUCUGUGCUAAUAUUUCUGUUUGUAAGAAAUAGACAGAGUCUACUGCCUUUAUUAUGCAGAAUAAUGAAAAUUUCUCUGAUUAGCUAAAGGAAUGCAAGAAAUAAAGAGGGUUUUGCUUUAGCUGGGGAAGCUGAUUAAAUUUAGCAGAGCAUCUGAGCCACUGGUGUGA